AUGGCAUCAGAUCCGGAAGUCCUGUCCGUCGUGACGGGUGUUGUGGUGCUGGUGUUCAUAGUCAUUAGCAGUGUGCCUGCAUUUGUCAAGACUACUCGUCGAUUGGAAAGGGACUCUCAAUUCAUCCGCCUGGAUGCGUCGCCAAUCGCCAAAUCGGGAUACGAGGAUGAGGACGGCGAGGCGUCGGAGGCAUCGCUCCAGAUGUACUCGGAUACCUGGCAGAAAGUCGCCAUCACUAUCUUCUCCGUGACCGGAUUGGAACUGUCGCUGGCGCUGGCGAUUCUUUCACUUCAGUCCAAGAACCAGAGCUUCUUAGCCGUGCCGUUUUGGCUGCAGACAGGAGGCUGGAUGAUACAAUGCGUCCAGUCGACAGCCUUCUUUAUUGAACCGUCUACCGUGGAACGAUAUACGCUUGGUCUCUACGCGUUCUGGGCCAGCACGCUCACCCUGGGUGUAUGCGGCCUCAACAUUUUCAUCCCGUGGUGCUACGGCAACGACAUCAACUUUAGCCGUGCAUCCACGGGAUUGCUUGUUAGUCAAGCAGCUGUGGCAACGAUACGCGGUCUUUGCUGCACCCUUAUCCCGCGUCGACCGAACAUCUACUUCCAAGGCCAGAUGGUCGAUCAGGAGUUCACAGUCAGUGCGUUCAACCGUUUCACCUACACAUACGUCAGCACUUUACUCCACUACACGGGACAGAACAAAAACUUGGACAUCGAUAAUCUGCCGAAGUUACCCUUUGCAGCGCGUGCACAGACACUGCACGCGCGUUUGGAACAGACCCGAGGGACGCUGAAAUUGUGGAAGACAUUGGUGCUGGGAAAUGUUCGCCCCCUGGUUCUGCAGACUAUUCUCAGCGUGGUGACUUGCGUGCUGGGAUUUGGACCGCAGGUGGCCUUGUACGGUAUCCUGACGUCGCUGGAGGGGAGGUCAAGCGAGUCGGGCCCGGUGACUGCCGCGUGGCUUUGGGUGUUGACCCUUGGCUUGCUGCUGGUCUUGUCUCUAGGGAUCGAGUCCUGGCUAUGGUGGCUGAUCUACUCCCAACUGUGGAUCCCAAUCUACGAGGGACUAUCGGCCUUGGUGUUUGCUAAGUCGAUGCGGUGCAAAGACGCCAAGCACCUGAAACCAUCAACGAAAGAUGGAGAUGAGGAAGUCGAAGACGAGCAGGAGAAAAGUAGACAGAGUAUCAUUAAUUUGGCUGCCGUGGACUCGAAACGCAUUGCGGAUUUCGCCACCUUCAAUUACCUCAUCCCAUCGUGUCUCAUGAGACUCGGCAUUGCCUCGGCGUUUUUGGUGCAUCUCAUCGGAUGGCGCAGUCUACUAGCAGGCGUUGCUAUAGCUAUCUUGGUCACUCCGGUCAACGCGUUUCUGACAAAAGGGUACGCUUCUGUGCAGCAGGACCUGAUGAAGGCGAGCGACAAACGGACGUCAGCCGUGACGGAGGUCCUCCAGGGUAUCCGCCAGAUUAAAUUCGCCGCCCUGGAGAAAGAAUGGCAAAACCACAUCACGCAGAAGCGAGAGACUGAGCUGAAGUUAUUGUGGAAAACCAGUCUCUACACUACCGGCAUGGUUUCGGUGUGGAUCUUAGGACCAUUGAUGCUCUCGGCAGUCUCCCUAACGGUAUACGCACUGAUCCAUGGCGAAUUGUCUGCCUCAGUCGCAUUCACGGCAUUGUCCGUAUUUGGCAAUCUUGAGUCCGCAUUGGCUAGCUUGCCAGAUCUGCUUUCCAAAGCGAUGGAGGCCAAGGUGAGCACUGACCGUAUCGAAAAGUUCCUCACAUCCACCGAAAAAGCUCCACACACACGAGAAGUCCAAGAGAUAUCGUUCGAAAAUGCAACACUUUCAUGGCCCGCAGAUGAGUCGAGUGAAGAGCAGAAGGACUGGGAGCGUGACGACCGAUUUGUCCUUCGCCACCUGACUAUGCGAUUUCCCCAGAAAGGCUUGAGUGUGAUUGCUGGAAAGACGGGUUCUGGGAAGAGUCUUGUCCUUGCCUCGCUUCUGGGAGAAUGUGAUGUGUUGGCUGGAUCUGUCUCAGUACCACAUGCUCCCGCUCUGGACGAACGAUUCGACCACCGUGCCACGUGUGACAAUUGGAUUAUCGACACCGCCAUCGCCUAUGUAGCGCAGAACCCCUGGAUCGAGAAUGCCACGAUAAAGGAUAACAUCUUGUUUGGACUACCCUACAACUGGUCUCGAUACCGCAAGGUGCUCUUUGCAUCUGGCCUGGAAAAAGAUCUCACGAUGCUACCGGACGGCGAGAUGACCGACAUCGGGGCAAAUGGAAUCAACCUCAGCGGUGGCCAGCGAUGGCGAGUGUCCUUUGCUCGUGCUUUGUACUCUCGCGCAGGAAUCUUGGUCAUGGACGACAUCUUCAGCGCGCUGGACGCGGAAACCGGUCGACACGUUUACGAGCAUGCCUUAACAGGAGAACUGGGCCGAGAUCGAACGAGAAUUUUGGUGACACACCACGUGGGGUUGUGUCUGCCGCGUACUGACUACUGCGUGCUUCUGGAGAACGGGUCGAUGUCGCAUGCGGGCACAGUGGAAGACCUGGGCAAGAUGCAAGGACUUACUGACGUCCUUCAAAAUUUGGCCAUCGAGAGAGCGGCUAAAAGGCAGCAGGCAGAUGAAGAAGAUGCAGUUUCGCGACGAAAACGUUCCUCUGUUGGUCCUCCCCCGGCUGCAAGCGAUGAGAGUCCUCGGAAGUUUACGCAGGACGAAAAGCGAGAGACAGGAGCCAUCUCUUGGGGGGUAUAUAAGGCGUAUGUGAGCAAAGGGAAUCGCCUGCCCGUGUGGGCGCUCACCUUUCUGGCUUAUGCUGUGUUCACUGCCCUUCUGGUCGGCCGUUCCUGGUGGGUGAGUCUGUGGACGAGCUCGUCGCAUACGUCGUCGCAUCCGGUGCACACUGUCAGUCUUUGGCAUCACACCCUGAGCACCACUAAGUCGUCUAUCGAUCCCGACCUUGUCUUCUAUCUCAGCGUGUAUGUUGGGAUUUCUGUUGCCGCAUGUGCAGUCGGAACUCUUCGAACCCUCUCCCUUGCGUUUGCAUCGCUUCACUCGUCUCGACAGAUGUUUGACGAUCUUCUCGCCGUUGUGCUACGAGCGCCUCUUCGAUGGCUGGACACCGUUCCUCUCGGUCGCAUUCUGAAUCGGUUUACGGGAGAUGUCUAUAUGCUUGAUUGGCGACUUGCCUACGACCUGGGCAAUCUGGUAUUCAAAAUCCUUGAGCUUGUGGGCAUUAUCGUGGCAGGCGUUAUGGUCUCGCCGGUUAUCAUGGUCUUCGCUGGCUUGCUCCUUGUCGUAUGUGUUCAGAUGUCCUCGACCUAUCUCGGUGGCGUGCGUGAAGUGAAACGCCUGGAAAGCACCGCCAAAAGCCCCGUCAUGGAGCAAUUCGGGUCGAGCCUUGUUGGACUUACGACAAUCCGCGCGUUUAACAAAGUCGACGUAUACAUCCGUCAGAUGUACGAGCGCAUUGACCGACAUGCGCAGGCAGCAUGGAACCUCUGGUUGUUUAACCGAUGGCUGGGAUUCCGGAUGAGCAUCGUGGGAGCCCUCUUUUCGACCGCCACUGCGGCCUUCGUUGUUUACGUUCCCUCUAUAUCCGCUGCCCUCGCUGGCUUUGCCAUGAGUUUCGCGCUGCAGUACAACUACGCGGUGGCUAUGGGGCUGCGCUUCUACGCCAACGUCGAAAUGGACAUGAAUGCGACCGAGCGAGUUCUCGAAUACACGGCCAUGGAGACCGAAGACCAAGGAGGCAUCGAUCCACCCGCGGCAUGGCCGACCCGGGGACACGUUGACGUUGAAGAUCUCCAAGUGGGCUAUGCCCCUGAAUUGCCUCCUGUCCUGGAUGGGCUCAGUUUCACCAUCGAGCACAACCAACGCGUCGGCGUAGUUGGGCGCACCGGAGCCGGUAAAUCCUCACUUACUCUCGCGUUUUUCCGCUUCCUCGAAGCCCGACAAGGCCGUAUCACGAUCGACGGACAAGAUAUUUCUAAAAUCAAACUCCAAGCCCUACGCAGCCGGCUCGCCAUCAUCCCACAAGAUCCGGUCCUGUUCUCCGGAACCGUUCGGUCCAAUCUCGACCCAUUCCACGAGCACACAGACCUAGAGCUCUACAACGCACUCGAACGCGUUCACCUCCUCUCCUUCGAGGACACACUCACCCUGGGGUCACAGUCCAGUAGCCAAGAUCCCCUCAGCGGCAGCGAUACGCUCUCCUCGUCCUCCGCCUCCUCAACCGCAACGACAACCCAACCCAAACCCGCCAACGCCUUCGCUUCCCUGUGGUCUCCCAUCUCCGAAGGAGGAUAUAACCUCUCGCAAGGCCAACGCCAACUUCUCUGCCUGGCGCGGGCCAUCGUCUCACAACCCAAGAUCAUGAUCCUCGACGAGGCCACUUCCGCCGUGGACAUGGAGACCGAUGCGCUGAUCCAGCGAUCCAUUCGCGCAGAAUUUGGCCGCAACAGCUCUCUAAUGGUGAUCGCACAUCGGCUCAGCACAAUCGCGGACUUUGACAAGAUUCUCGUUUUGGAUGCCGGACGGGCGGUUGAAUUUGGGACGCCGAAGGAGCUGAUGCAGAUCAAGACCGGCGUCUUUAGGAACCUAGUGGAGAGUAGCGGUGAGAGGGCAGUGCUGGAGGAGAUAAUCCUUGGCAAGCAGAAGUAA